ACGAGCGGAGGUCCCGAAGGGUCUGGUGCCGGAGCGGGGCGAGGGCGGCCCGACACCCUCUCCGCGUCUCCGGGUCUUUGUUCGCUGGUCGCGGGGAGGCGCGGCUCUGGGGAAGCCUGGGUACCAGCCAGGUCUGCCCUGCCCCGCAGAGCAAACAUGAAUGUUGGAGUUGCCCACAGUGAGGUGAAUCCAAAUACUCGUGUAAUGAACAGCCGGGGUAUGUGGCUAACCUAUGCAUUAGGAGUUGGCUUGCUUCAUAUUGUCUUACUCAGCAUUCCUUUCUUCAGUGUUCCUGUUGCAUGGACCUUAACAAAUAUUAUACAUAAUCUGGGGAUGUAUGUAUUUUUCCAUGCAGUGAAAGGAACACCUUUUGAAACUCCUGACCAGGGUAAAGCAAGACUUCUAACUCAUUGGGAACAACUGGACUAUGGAGUACAGUUUACAUCUUCACGGAAGUUUUUCACAAUUUCUCCAAUAAUUCUAUAUUUUCUGGCAAGUUUCUAUACGAAGUAUGAUCCAACUCACUUCAUCCUAAACACAGCUUCUCUCCUGAGUGUGCUUAUUCCCAAAAUGCCACAACUACAUGGUGUUCGGAUCUUUGGAAUUAAUAAGUAUUGAAAUAUUUUAAAACUGAACAAAAAAUUUUUACAGCUACUGAGUUUCCUGUAGGGAAGGAGUAGUUAGUAAACUGCACUGUUUCUGUGAUAAUGUGAAAUGAGAGGUAUUUGCAUUGGAGAACCAAUUGCUGGUUUUUCAUACGCUGUUUUGAAGUACGGGAUUAUAAAAGAUGCCUCUGUUUAAAGCAUCUGGUACAUUUCUGAAGAGAGGCUUUACUGGCAGGCUGGGCAGGCCCAGCUUAUAAAUUAAUGGCAGUACAGUGAGGGUGUGGUAGAUAAAUCCAAGGAAAUACAAGAUUUGUAAGGAAAUAGGACCAAUUUAAAAUGAAUGGGCAUUACGACAGAAAAAGAUAAUUUCCUAGCAGUCACAGUCAAUUUAAGCAGGCUCACACAUGAACCAGAAUCAUCUCUAUACGUGUUUGUUAUAAAUUGUUUUUAUUAGCAGAUGUGUUUCUCUUAUAUAAGAGGAUUUAUUGCCCUCUUGUUUCUAUAAGCCAGUUCCUACCUUAUGAGUAUGCUUUUUGGUUUUGCUGGCUCAAUGUUGUGUGUUGAUAGAUAAGGUCAGUUUUGUAUACAUUACAUUACAGAGUUCAUAAAGAUCCUCUUUCAUGACUGGGGAUAGAAGAUACCAGGUAUCUGACAGUCAGCCUCUGAGUAAGCAUUCUAAUUUUGGAACAGAGUGGGUUAUACUGCUUUUCUAGUCAUAAAGCUGCUAAGCCAAUUAAGAAAAUGAUUUAUUCAAGCAGUUAAAGCAUAUGGUAGUUUAAGUGUCUGCUUAUUGGAUUGAGCAACUUAAUUGGUAAAGCUAUCAUUCUUUUGGAAAGGAAAUAUAAAAUGGAUAGCUAUAUAGCCACCUGUGGUCUGGCAGAAAAUGCAGUAGUAACAAAGGGAGUAAUGGAGUCUUUUUUUUUUUUUUUUAAGUAUGCAG